CCAGCCCUCGGCCGGGCUGGGGCGGGCCGGGGCCGCCCCCCGGGGCCGGGGAGGGGCGAGCCGGGGCCGCGGCGGCCGGUGCCGGUCGGUGCGGAGCGGAGCGGAGCGGAGCCGGGAUGGGAGCGGGAGCGGGAGCGGGGCCGGGAGGGGCGCUGCGGGCCGCCCUGGCGCUGGGGCUGCUGGCGGCGGCGCAGCCCGCACCGGCCGCUCGCCUGCGGCGGGAGGCGGAGCUGUUCCUGGAGAAAUACGGCUACUUUGGCGAGCCAGGGGCCAGCACGCACAGCCCAGCUGAGUUCAAGGAGGCAGUGAGGGACUUCCAGAGGGUUACCCACCUCCCGCUCAGCGGGGUCCUGGAUGCCCCCACGCUCCAUCAGAUGGCUCUGCCACGGUGCGGCACGGGCGAUGGGGAGAGCCGCGCUGCCUGGGCACGCCAGGCAUCUGCCGCCCGGCGCCACAGGCGCACCACGCAGCCCGGUGGGAGGUGGUACAAGCGGCACCUCACAUACCGGGUGGUGAACUGGCCCUCCUACCUGCCACAGCACGAGGUGCGCCUGGCCGUGAAAGCUGCCUUCGAGCUCUGGAGCAAUGUGUCCUCGCUGGUGUUUUGGGAGGCGCGGGACGGUCCGGCUGACAUCCGCCUGACCUUCUUCCAUGGGGACCACAAUGAUGGACUCAACAAUGCCUUCGAUGGACCAGGAGGUGCCCUGGCUCACGCCUUCUUCCCCCGGCGCGGAGAAGCCCACUUCGACAGCGCCGAGCGCUGGUCCCUGCACAGCGGCAAAGGGCGCAACCUCUUCGUUGUGGUGGCACACGAGGUCGGCCACACGCUGGGGCUGGAGCACUCCCCUGUCAAGAGUGCCCUGAUGUCUCCCUACUACAAGAAGCUCAGCAAAGAUUUUGUCCUCAGCUGGGAUGACAUCUUGGCCAUCCAGAACCUGUAUGGGAAGCCGUCCAAGGGCUUGGCCGUCCAGCUGCCGGGAAAGGUCUUCACUCACUUCCAGGACUGGAGCGUGGACCUUUACGGCAGGGACCGGCAUCAGGGGAGCCUCAGCGCCUAUUACUGCCACUCCUUCUUCGACGCCAUAACCGCUGAUGCAGAUCACAACCUCUACAUCUUCAAAGGCAGCCACUACUGGGUGGUGUCGGCGAGCGGCAAUGCCAGUGACCCGCAGCCCCUGCACACGCGCUGGCCUGGCCUCCCGACUGGCGUCGAUGCCUGCGCCUGGUCCCAGCUCAGCGGCAAGUUUUACUUCUUCAAAGGUGGCCGGUGCUGGCGCUACAGGGACUCCACCUUAGAAGCAGGUUUCCCCCAGAAAUGCAGCGCCCGCGGCCUCCCACGGCACCCCGACACUGCACUCUACUUCCAGCAGCUCCGGCGCCUUGUCCUCUUCAAAGGACCCAAGUACUUCGUGGUGAGCGAGGAGACCCUCGGCGUGGAGCCCUACUACCCCCGCAGCCUGCAGGACUGGGAGGGCUUGCCUCCCGGCACGGCGGGUGCCCUCACCCACCACGAUGGCUUCAUCUAUUUCUUUCGGGAUGAUCAGUACUGGCAAUUCGACCGGGCGAAGCUGCAAGUGGUGGCCACCGGCAAAUGGGCCACCCAGCUGCCCUGGAUGGGCUGCUGGGAUGCAAACAGUGGGCAGGUCCUCUUCUGAGCGGAGUGUGCCGGGAUGAAAUGGGGCGGGGGGGGGGGGGGCUAAACCCCACCUCGCUCACCGCUGCCCGGAUCCCACUUUUUUUGACUCUGGAUUCCUGUCUGGGGAUGGUUCGGCAGGGACCAGCAGGCCAGGGCUGCCCACGGACGGCUGGAGCCGUGGUUCGGUGGAGCGGUGCCCCGGCGCAGCAGGGAUGCAGCCGGGACAGGGCAGCCAUCAGCUCAGGAGGGGCUGCCACGGCCAGGUGGGCUGGAAGCUUUGGGAGAUAAUACUUUUUUUUUAAAGACAACAGAAAAAGGUAUAAGCCAUGGAGACGGCAAACACACCCAUUUCUGCAAACUUUCAGACUAUCGUUACGCAUUUCUCUCAAACCGGGACUGGGGUUUGUUGAUACUUCAGCUGCUGUUUUCCCGCUCUCUGGCAGAGAAUUGCCUCACCAUUGCUGGGGCUCAGGUGGUUUUAGGGUAUUUUGUGGUUAAAACAAAAAGAAAAGGGACAUUUGGACAAAAAUAUAGGUCAAUGUUGAGCUUUGCCCCUGCUGCAUGUGCAGGGCCCCCUCCCCUGCAUCCUCCUCUCCCUUGCCCCUGGGGUGGAGGGUCAGCACCUGGAGGACGAGCGGGUGCUUUGCUGGGCUGCGUUCACAUCCCAGUUCUGUGGUGAGGCGCCAGCUGGAGACACCAGCACCGUGGGCUUUUUGGGGAGAAAGCAGAGGGUUUUGGUGUAGGAGCCUCUUUGGUGUGAAGAGGGAGGAGAGGUACAGCUGAGCUACUGACUGCGCUGCUGUACAGCUCAAAGGCAGCAGGAGCAUUGCAGCUUGGCUUUCUGAUGGCUUUGGGAUUGCUGGGUGGAUUCUCCAUUGUCUAAUAUGGGUUGUGCUCACCUGGCAGUCUUUCUUGUGUGCAGAGAAAGUGUCUGUUCUCUGCUCUGUCUCCAUAAGAGAUGGGAUCAACAGACUUUUGAGUCCUGCGCCCCUCUGCCACAGUUGGAUGAACCGGGCUGAAAAAUUACCGGGGGGAGGAGGGGAAAAGAAGAGGGUGAGCAGGACAGACGGACAUGUCCAUGCAUGCAGGCUCAUGAGGACAGCUCGGCUGCAUAUUCCUCAUUCCUUUCCCAAAGCAGGCUCCCCACCUGGAAACGCCGCUGGCUCCUGUGCACCGAGACACCGGUCAUGUCUGCAAAGCGCGAUUAUCUCCCGCAGCCGGUGGGGGAGCGUCGGGUCCCCGAGGCUUGAAUUCAGUGGCAGCAAAUGCCGGCGUCGGUGCUGACCGGGACAGGCUGCAACCUUCUUAAAAUGUCCUUUCAUUUGAGAGACUUGAGAAUUUUCACCAUGCUGGGGUCAUACACGGGUCGGCUGCUGCUUUGCUGAUGGUUCUCCCAGGACUCAGACCCUGGUGCUGGGUACCCUGCUUCAGGUCGGUGGCUUCAGCACCGGGCUGCAGCCGGUCGUGCCGAGCCGGGGUGCUGUGCCAGGGUGCUCUCCUGGUGCCGGCAGCCUCAAGGACGCUUGCCUAUAACACAGCAUCCUCCACUCACCCUCGCCCACCCUAGACCUUCCCUGCAGAGAAGGCAGGAGCCGGGCUUGCCCCAGGCAGGGUGCCAGGGCUGGUGCUUCCUGAGGGCUUUCAAUGGUGCCAGAUGCGACAUGGAUUUGGCAGGAGGGAAAGCCAACACGAGUGGUUUCUGUCCAUUUUCCAUGAUAUUUGUCAGUGAGCCCUUCCUGCGCAGACAAGGACUUGGGGGCUUCAUCAGCUCAUGGUCUAAAAUCUCAGGGGAUUUUCAACAUUGCCAAAGAGACAGGGCCACAAUAUUUUUGCUUUGAAUUAAGUGAUAAUAAGGUGACUUCGCUUGCAGGGAAUCCCAAGGGCUUGGAGUCCUGAAGGCAAAUAAAAUUAACUUCUUGGA